CGGCACCGAAGCAGGAAGUCGCCCUGCAGCAGCUCCGGCGUGGAGGCUGCCCGACAUGCCUCUGCUGGUGGAGGGGCGGCGGCUCGACCCGGCUCGGCCUCUCCGGGAACUGCUGCGCGCCUUCCCGGAGCUGGAGGAGCAAGCCAAACAGUUCCGCAGCCAACCUGCUCAAGCGGUGGGACCAAAAGGACUCCUUUAUGUCCAGCAAAGAGAAUUUGCAGCCACCACGUCCAAAGAUGGUUCUGUUUCCAUUCUGGGUUCAGAUGAUGCCACGACGUGCCAUUUAGUGGUUCUGAGACAUACAGGGAGUGGAGCAAUUUGUCUAACUCACUGUGAUGGCUCAGAUACCGAAACAGAAGUUCUGCUGAUCGUAAAUUCAGUAAAAGUGCUUUCUCUAAGCACCGAAUGUGGAAGGCUGGAGUUGCACCUGGUCGGAGGGUUUUGUGACGAUAGGCGCUUGUCUCAGUGUCUUACCAGUCAACUGUUAAGAGCAUUUGAUCGCUUGUUAGAUAAUGUUUAUUUGAUGACAUUCUGUGUCACAGAACUAAAUGAUCGCCAAGAAAAUGGCAGGCAUUUGCCGUAUAUUUAUGGAAUUGCUGCGAAUGUUAAAACGGGUGAGAUUUUCCACGCCACGUUUCCAGACCGAGGACCAGAUGAAGACAUGCGGUCUGCCAGGGUCUUAUCAGGAGCAAAGAUGAUCAGCAUUUAUGACUCCAAGAAAGAACAGCUUUGCAUUGGGCCUUACUACUGGAUGCCUUUCCCACACGUGGAUUUCUGGUUGGAGCAGAGCAACCAGAGCAUCUUACAGAAUCUCUCCACAUCGCCUCUGGCUGAGCCACCCCAUUUUGUGUCACACAUCAGAGCUACCCUGCUUUACCUAAAAGAGCAUCCAUUCCCCAAUAAGACGGUCUUCCCUACUCAAAAACCUCGCCUCUACAAAAAAAAUGCGGAGGGCUUGUGGGAGAGAGUCGCUGGCCAGAUCUAACCCAAAGUGGAGAAGCCAGGAGCCCUCUGGAAGCGAAAGUCAAGAAAGGUAUCAAGAGACCUACAAAGACAUCAGGGGAAACCAGUGGGCUGCAUUUAGAGGAUGGUCUUUCGUCCCCUCAAACACCCCCGUGUUUUCCAAAACAGGCAGCCAAAUUCAGUGCAAAAUUAGGCAUAACCUUUUCGCAUUUCAUGGAGUUGGGUCCAAAGCUCUCAAGAACAUAAACAAGGGGUCUCAAGUGUUGUUUGCAAAGAAGGAGGUGGAAGCCUAAUCCCAUCCCUGCUCCGUCCAGUUUUCUCGCUUCAGUCGUUUCUUCAAGAUCCAGCGUCUUACGCAAAGUCGCCAUUCUGCUUGCUUCAUCGGAGCUAUUGUCCUUGAUAAAAAAAAUAGACCACCUGGAGAUGCCCAGGACCUUCCUGGGCACGGUCUCAUGUUGGAAUGAAGCCUUCCGGUCCCUGUUUUGGAGUAUGGCGUAGAAAUUUCAAGGCCAGACCUGUUCCCAGUGAGGUUGGAGUGACCUGAUCCAACACGAGGACGCUUCUGGUAGGGUUAGAACAGCGGUCUCCAAACUUGGCAACUUUAUAAGACUUGUGGACUUCAACUCCCAGCUAUGCUGGCUGGGAAAUUCUGGGAGUUGAAGCCCACAAGUCUUAAAGUUGCCAAGUUUGGAGACCUCUGGGGUAGAACAUCAUCUUGACGCCAGAUGUUUCGGUGAGGUCCUUCCGACCUAGACGAUGUUGCUGUUCUCUGGAACUAUCUCAGUAGAGUUCUGGGAGCUUUCAAAUGAAGCUAGGCCUUGCUUGGGCCCCAUGAGAAGAAACUUCUCCAAGCUAAUAAUAGAGGUUUGUGUUGAGGCUCCAAGCAAUAGCUAAAGAAUGUUGUCCAUGGCAUUCUGGACUGAGGACCAAAUCUAUUGGAUGGGGACUCGCCCACAUACCUAUCCUCUGAUGGGGGCUUUGGAUUCUUGUGCAGCUCAACAGGGGGUGAUUCUCCUCCAUUCCUUUUUAAAGAUGUGAUUUUCUACAACGAAUCUCCGUAACUAGUCACAAUUCCUGCAAGAAAUCCAGAUGCAAUUUUCACAGCAGACAUUUGUAUGGGCAAGAUUCGGUAUUUUGUUUCGGCUUUGUGUGUGUGUGCUGUUACUUUUCUCCACUUCAGCUUCCUGUUCCGUCCAAAAGAAAUGGGUAGAAUCUGGUCUGAAUCUCACCAUCGCUGUGUCUUUCAGCAACUGGAGGAGGUGGGGUUUUCGUUGAACCAGAUCCAUCAAACCACUGAAUGUAGCCAAAAUAAUAUGACGAUUAAAAGCAGUCGCGGCUUAACACCGAAUCUGUCCAAAUUUCUAGACCUUGAUUUCAUUUGCAGGGCUGUCUUUAAACUUGUUCAAUUUUAAGAUACUCAAAGCCAAACAUAGUUUAUAUGAUACAUGAAUCUAACCAUUGCCAGAAAUAGUAACCUUCUGGAUUAAAUAAUUAAAGCCUUCUAAUGUGUAUGUUCUGUACUUCUCUGUGAUUAUACUAGUUGGUUCUUUUAACCAUCACAAACUCAGAUACAACAAGUUGAAGAACCUUUAUUGAAGCAUUUAGGAAGUAUCUAAAUUAGGACUGUAUUCCAGCAAAACUGCCAGCUUGAUAUAAAAACAUUAAAAUUUAUAUUAACAAUUAUAACUUUAACCUUUCCCCCCCCUCAUGAACCCAAGUUAAUAUAAAUCAUUGCACUAAAUAAACAGUCAAAAGGAAGACAGGAAUUAAAUUUGCACUUUAGAAAAAUCAACCCUUAAUAGUUGGAAGUUAACUGUACAUUUAACCAGUGAUAAUCCUCAAUCAAGAAAGAACAAUCUGUUGUUAACCUUUAACAAACAUUUUGGUCAUUAAAGCCCAUUGCUGCGGUACCCAUGGAAGAGCCUCAAUCAAGUUCUAGCUGGGUUUCAAGAAACUGGUUACUCUAGAUAAACUAGAUCUGAUGAUCAUUUCCUCUCAACCUCCAUAUAAAUAAUAUUAAGCAAAACUUGAACUCUUAAUGCCCACUUGAAUGCAAAGGGUAGAAGAUCCUCGUUAGAAGAGGAGAAAAUUCUAGCAUUCACUGUAAGAUCUAGUUUAGUGAGACCUCCAUAAGGGAUGUGAAUCGUGCCUUGGCUUUCAAAGCAGAAAACUCUCCCAUUUCCAAAUUAGUAAUUUCUACAAUUACGACCACGUGAGUCUCUUUUAGACUCUCCCUUUUGUUGUGGUUGAGGGAAUGGCAUUUUCUUCUGCUAGGAUGCCUUACAACAUUGGAUUAUAUUACCACCACCACCACCCAAAAAAUGAUUUUGAGAACACCAUUCCUUAACUGUUAUUAUCUGUGUUAGAAUAAAAUCGAUGUCUUCAAUUGCGGACAAUAAAGUUCCUUCACUUACGCUAGCUUUAUGGAUUAAUUACUUCUAAAUUGAACUCUUAUUAAAUGCCACAGCAUUCCCCAACUGUUGCUGUCUUAGGAUGUUCAAUUUCAUUUCCCCAGAUUCUUGGUUUCUGAGUGGAAACCUUUCCGAUGUGCCCAGAUAGCAGCAGAUCGGGGGAAUUGGUACUGUAGAGAAACGUUGCUCAAAGAAGUGUAUGUGUGUGCGUGUGAAACAAAAUCAGAACAUGAAUAGGGGAAGAAAUACCAAGUGCAGCAAAGUCUCUUAGGGAAACCAAGUUGCUCUGUUUAACAGAGAAAGAGCUAAAUGUCUCGGGG